GGCCAUGUGGAUGCCCGCAGUGGGCAGUGCAUCCCUGGGCCCUGCUCCCAGGCCCUGGGUGGACAGAGGGAGGAAGCUCACGUGUGCAGGUACCAGGUGCCCCUCGGGGCCAGAAGGGUCCCUGAGUGUCUAGUGCUUCAUAACCUGGGCUCAUGGACACCCAGCUCUGUGGCCUUGGCCCUGUCCGCAUGCCCUUCACCGACAGGGACAGGCUAGCUGCUUUGACUGUCUAUCUAGAGACGUGGUGUUGGGUGGCUCCCAGACCAGCAGGAGGAGACCUGUGAGCCAGUGACUGUCCCGACCGAGCACUGAGCUGAGUGGGAAGGGAGGGAGGGACCCCUGAGCAGACCCCUCCCUGACCUCGGGCAGGCAGGGAUCCCAGGGGUGGUGGGCUGUCCCUCCUCCUGUGGGUGGUAGAAGCACCGUCAGGAGCCGCCACUCUGCAGACACCUUUGCGAAGCCCUGAGCCUUGGUUUUCUUACCUGUGAAGUGGGGUUGACGGACAGGCUUGGGACAGGAAGGGUGUGUGUGCACCUGGGGCGUGUGCAUGCAUGGGCACACUGUGUGGUGUGUGCACGUGUCUGUGAGCCUGCUCCCUUGGGGCUAGCGUCCAUGGUGUCUUCGGUGCGUGGUUGUGUACGUGGUGCACACGCGGGCACGCUCUAUCCAUGUCACCUGGCGCGUGUGAUGGGGCCCCAGAGCACUGUGCCUGGCCCUCGGAUCCUUCUCUGUCCUAGGAGCUGAUGCCCCGUGGGCCCCGAGGCAGGUGCCCCCUAAGUGGGCACAGCAGGGGCUCUGGGAGCCUCGGUGGAGGAUGUCAGGGUGGCCCAGAGCAGGGGACCAAGGGCCCAGCCAGCUUGCAGCCCAGGAACCACCUUCUGCCGGGGGCACCCUUGGCUGUGGAGAGGGGGAGAGGAGGGAGGGCGAGGCUCCCUGGUGACCUAGGCCUGUGUCCGCGUCUGCAAAGGCGCGGGUCUGGAGGAGCUACUGCAGUUGCAGCUACGGCGGAGGCCGUGGUCUCUGCUGUCUCAGCAGCAAACCGUCUCAGGCUUUGGAGGUCUGAGCCACAGCCUCCUUGUGUCCCCUGCUUGCUCUGGCGGGCCCUUUGGCCGACCCCCACCCCUGCACACUGCCCUCAGGUCUGUGGGCCCUGGGGCGGAGCACCUGGACCUCGUCUGCCCGCCCUCCAUGGCCGCUUGGUUCAGCACAUGCUGCUGCAUGAGCCCCACCUCGUGGCCCCUGGAGGUCAGCGGGGCGCCCCUGUGGGGCCUCUACAGGAAGCAAGGACCCAGGUGACUGAGGAGGCUGAGCAUGGGCUUCCUGGAUGGCUCCUCCAGACCUGCUGCCCCGAGGCCCCGAGGGGCUGACCCAGCCCGUUUGUGCCACGAGGCAGAGGUGGCAGGGGGGCGUACUGACGGAGCUGGGUCCAGAUGGAGAUGUUCGCCAUGGCAACAGUGCAGGGGUGCUCGCAGCUUCCUGGGGCUCGGGGCUGCACGGUGCACCUUCAGGUCCAUGCCCGUGGUGCCCAGGGUGGGGGCAGAGCGAGGGGGGUUCUUCUGUGCAAGGCCUGCACACUCACGUCCUGCAACGGCGUCCACUCGGGGCGGGCCACCCUCUACGUGGGUCUCCACCUCCAGGCUUUGCUGGAUGACCUGCCCUUUUGUCCCUGGGCCCUGCCUGGUCCCUAGCCUGGCUGCCCACGACCCCUCUCUGCUUCAGGUGUGGUUUGGCAGUGGGUCUGGAGGCCCCCUGUCAGUCCUCCCAGAUGCCCUGUCAGGUCACAGGCCUGGUGGGAGCACAGUGGCCCUCGCCUUGCCGACCUGCCUCCUCACCAGUGGGUAGAAUAGCUGCUGCCGUAGGGGGUCCUGGGUCAGGUGACAGAGUCUGAGGGGUCUGCUGGUGGCAGCCAAGAGGUUGAGGGGCUCAGUGACCGGAGGAGCUAGUGGAAGGACAGAGGGACAGAGAAGGCCUCUGGGGUGAUGGACUGGACCCUUGGGUGUGGUGUGGGGCAGGCAGGGUGGAGCGGCCAGCUCAGUGUACCCCUCUGUCCAGGCCUUGUCCAGGCCUUCUCCGGGCCCUCUGGGCCUCCGGACGAGCUGAGUUUCCCCCAGAGCUCUGGCUCUGUGGGGAGGUCUGCUUUGGGAGCCAGACUCUGGCUCAGUAAGUGGGAGGAUGCGUCAAGCUGUCCCGGGCACCUCAGGGUCCUCCUCUGGGGUGAAGGAGCUCUUGUGAACUGGGCACUGUAGAAGGGGAUCCUUGCUGCCCCCAGGACAGAAGUAGCACUGAGAGGUCUUGGUGGUAGGUCCAGUAGGGGUCAGCCAGGAGCUGGAAGAGCCCUGCUGCCCAGCAGAUGCAGGGUCAGUGGGAUCACCUCACCUUGGAGGCAGCUGUCCAGAGCCUGGCAUGUGGCCAAGGGCCAGAUCCACCAUCUCCCCUGCUUGGCAGGGUCUGUGACUCCCCCUCCCAGCCUCAGAGGGACCCAAGUUCGAGGGUAACCCACGGUCCCCCGGGCUCUGACCUCCCAGAGAAGUAUCCCGAGCCCCAGAAUUGCUAACGGGGCCUGCCCUGGCCGGGUCAGCAACCUGAUGUCCUGUGGUGGGGUCAGAGUGGUUCCCAGUGGUCGGCUGCUGAAUGGCAGGCUGCGUCCACCUGCACCAGCUUCGUGGAGGCAAGGGUCUGGGGGGCCCCGGGCAAGGACUCAGCCCAGGCUGCAGAGUCCAGGGUGGACAGUGGGCCCGGACCCCAGGGCCCGGGCUGCCCUGCACGCUCCCUUCUCUACAGACGGCGCCCCGCUCAGCGAGCUCUCCUGGUCGUCGUCCCUUGCUGUGGUGGCCGUGUCCUUCUCGGGACUCUUCACCGUCAUCGUCCUCAUGCUGGCCUGCCUGUGCUGCAAGAAGGGAGGCAUCGGGUUCAAGGAGUUUGAGAAUGCCGAGGGGGAGGAGUGUGUGGCGGACUGCUCGGCGCAGGGCUCCCCAGCAGCGGCGGCGCAGAACGGGCCCGAUGUGUACGUCUUGCCCCUCACGGAGGUCUCUCUGCCCAUGGCCAAGCAGCCCGGCCGCUCAGUGCAGCUCCUCAAGUCCACGGACCUGGGUCGGCACAGCCUCCUGUACCUGAAGGAGAUCGGCCACGGCUGGUUCGGGAAGGUGUUCCUGGGCGAGGUCCACUCCGGAGCCAGCAGCACCCAGGUGGUGGUGAAGGAGCUGAAGGCCAGCGCCAGCGUGCGGGAGCAGGUGCAGUUCCUGGAGGAGGCGCAGCCCUACAGGGCCCUGCAGCACAGCAACCUGCUCCAGUGCCUGGCCCAGUGCGCCGAGGUGACGCCGUACCUGCUGGUGAUGGAGCUCUGCCCGCUGGGGGAUCUCAAGGGUUACCUGCGGAGCUGCCGGGUGCCUGAGUCCAUGGCACCCGACCCCCUGACCUUGCAGCGCAUGGCCUGUGAGGUGGCCUGUGGCGUGUUGCACCUGCAUCGAAACAACUACGUGCACAGCGACCUGGCCCUGCGAAGCUGCCUGCUCACAGCUGACCUGGCGGUGAAGAUUGGCGACUACGGCCUGUCUCACUGCAAGUACAGGGAAGACUACUUUGUGACUGCUGACCAGCUGUGGGUGCCCCUGCGCUGGAUCGCACCCGAGCUGGUGGAUGAAGUGCACGGGAACCUGCUGGUGGUUGACCAGACCAAGACCAGCAACGUGUGGUCCCUGGGUGUGACCAUCUGGGAGCUCUUCGAGUUGGGUGCACAGCCCUACCCCCACCACUCAGACCGGCAGGUGCUGGCUUACGCCGUGCGGGAGCAGCAGCUCAAGCUGCCCAAGCCCCAGUUGCAGCUGACCUUGUCUGACCGCUGGUACGAGGUGAUGCAGUUCUGCUGGCUGCAGCCCGAGCAGCGGCCCACGGCCGAGGAGGUGCACCUGUUGCUGUCCUACUUGUGCGCCAAGGGCGCCACGGAAGCGGAAGAGGAGUUCGAGCGGCGCUGGCGCUCGCUGCGGCCAGGCGGGGGCGGCGCAGGCCCCGGGCUGGGCGCAGUGGGCCCAGCGCUGAGCGGUGCUUCGGAGCUCGCCGCCGCCUCGUCCUUCCCACUGCUGGAGCAGUUCGCAGGCGACGGCUUCCACGCGGACGGCGACGACGUGCUGACAGUGACCGAGACAAGCCGCGGCCUCAACUUUGAGUACAAAUGGGAGGCCGGUCGCGGCGCCGACGCCUUCCCGCCGACGGGGGGCGCGCCGAGCCCGGGCCGCACCGCGCGCCUGCAGGAGCUGUGCGCCCCCGACGGCGCGCCGCCGGGCGUGGUGCCUGUACUCAGCGCGCACAGCCCCUCUCUGGGUAGCGAGUACUUCAUUCGCUUGGAGGAGGCUGCGCCUGCCGCCGGCCACGAUCCUGACUGUGCUGACUGCGCCCCCAGCCCCCGCGCUGCCGCAGACCAAGACGACGACUCCGAAGGUAGCACUGCUGCCUCGCUGGCCAUGGAGCCGCUGCUGGGCCACGCACCACCGGCCGAAGGCCCCAGGGGCCGCUGCACUCACUACCAGAGCAGCAGCCGGGCCCGGGAUCCGCCCUCCCCCUCGUUCGCACCCUCUCCCGGGGCCUCCAUGCAAGCAGAGGAUGCAGACUGGGGUGUAGCCGCAUUUUGCCCGCCAUUCUUUGAGGACCCACUGGGAGUAUCCCCACUGGGGAGCUCCAGGGCCCGGCCAUCUCCUGGACCGGAGGAGCUGGGGGAGGCUGAGGCACAAAGGGCUGCCCAGCGUGGACACUGGAGCUCCAACACUUCAGCCAACAACAACAGUGGCAGCCGUGACCCAGAUUCCUGGGACCCAGGCCAUGUGGGCAGCUGCACAGACCACUGCCUCAGCCCAAACCAGACCCCAAGGGCCUCCCCUGAGCUGGGCCAACCCCGGGACCAGGAAGACCCCAGGGAGCCUCUGCUUGGGCCACAGACAGCCUCCCUGGGCCAGGAGCCAGGCGGACACAUCAGUCCACCUCAUCUGUGCCAGGUCAUUUCCCCCUGCACAGAGACAGCGAUAAGUGGCGGUGACAACCCUCAGGCAGAACCCAAGCUUGCCCAGGAGGCUGAGGGCUCUGCUGGACCCCAACUGCCCCUUCCUUCCAUCCCCUCCCCAUCCCAUGAAGGAGCCCCACUUCCUUCAGAGGAGGCCAGCGCCCCUGAUGCCCUUCCUGCCUCACCCACGCCCGCUACCAGCAGCCAGGUAACGGUUCCUGAGCCAGUCCCAACUCUGGACAGCAGCAGCAGCUCUGCCGCACAGGAGGCACCCAGUAGUGAGGAGGAAGACACAACUGAGGCCACUUCAGGUGUCUUUACUGACUUGUCUAGCGAUGGCCCCCAGGCUGAGAAGCCAGAUAUAGUGCCGGCCUUCCGAUCUCUGCAGAAGCAGGUGGGGACCCCUGACUCCCUGGACUCGCUGGACAUCCCGUCCUCAGCCAGUGAUGGUGGCUGUGAGGUCUUCAGCCCAUCAGCCACUGGCAUCCCUGGUGGGCAGCCCCGUGCCCUGGACAGUGGCUAUGACACUGAGAACUAUGAGUCCCCUGAGUUUGUGCUCAAGGAGGCCCAUGAGUCAAGUGUCCCUGGGGCCUUUGGGGAGCUGGCCUCCGAAGGUGGGAGUGAGGGACCUGACAUGCUGCCGGCCUCCCUGGGAAGCCUCAGUGAGAAGAACCCCUACAGAGACUCUGCAUACUUCUCAGACCUGGACACUGAGUCUGAGCCCUCUGUGGGCCCCCAGAAGUGCAGUGAGGUCCAGGGCGUAGGGCUAGAUCCAGACCUCAAGAGUCCACAGAGACCUGGGCCAUCUGUACAGCCUUCUCCCCAGCCAGGGGUGCUCCAGGAGGCACCAGGCACUGGCCACAAGGAGGCGCUGCCACCUUGUGAGGAGCCAGGUGCCUGCCCCGGUGGUUCCCAGGCAGAGCCUCCUGGGUCCCAAGAUCCAUCGGAGAGGCAGAUUGUGCCCAGCCCCAGUCACUCUAAGUUUUUCCUGCUGACCCCAGUCCCACUGAGCUCAGAAGGAGAAGGAGCAGAGCUCCAGAGGACCCCAGGACUGUGGUCCCCACUGGGGCGGACAGGGGGCUCAGGCACCUCCAGAAACCCGCUCUGCUUAACACUGCCUGGCCACGUUGGGGCAUUGGAGGGCCGGUCAGAGGAGGAGGAAGAGGACAGCGAAGACAGCGACGAGUCUGACGAAGAGCUCCGCUGCUACAGCAUCCAGGAGCCCAGCGAGGACAGCGAGGACGAGUCCCCCGCCGUGCCAGUGGUGGUGGCUGAGAGCCAGAGCACGCGCAACCUGCGCAGCCUGCUCAAGAUGCCCAGUCUGCUGUCCGAGGCCUUCUGCGAAGACCUGGAGCGAAAGAAGAAGGCUGUGUCCUUCUUCGACGACGUCACCGUCUACCUCUUUGACCAGGAGAGCCCCACCCGGGAGCUCGGGGAGCCCUUCCCCGGCGCGAAGGAGUCGCCUCCCGCGUUUCUGGAGGGCAGCCCCGGCUCGCCCAGCGCCCCCGGACGGCCGCGACAGGACGACAGCUCGCGCGACUGCUCGUCGGCCCAGGACGGCGGCCGAUUCGAGUGGGACGACGGCUUCCCGCUGGCGCCCGCCAAGGCGGCGGCGGCGGCGACCGCGCUGGACCCGGCCGCUCCCGCACUGGCCGCAUCCCCCACGCCGGCCGCGCACACGUCCUUCUCGCGCUUCACCGUGUCGCCCGCGCCCCCGUCCCGCUUCUCCAUCACGCACGUGUCGGACUCGGACGCCCAGUCCGUGGGAGGCCCUGCAGCAAGUGCUGGGGCUGGUUGCCCUGAGGCUUGAGACCCAGGCAGCUGCACUGUGAAGGCUGGCGUCACUGGAGCCCCUGCCGUCCUACCCAGGCAGCAGCGAGGAUGGUGACCAGGAAUGAGUAGGGACUGUGGUCCUGGCGGCAGCAGACUCCAGUGCCCAUGGUGCCUGCUGCUGGAGGAGCAGGUGGAGGCCCUUCUUCAGCGUGGACAGUAGGACUGGCUGUGCAUGGUCGCUAGUGCUGCCCUGGGGGCAGAAAGUGACCCUGAGGAGGGUUUGCUGUCAGCCCCCGGGGAUGCCUGUGGGCCAAUGGGUGUCUCUACAUACACAUAUGCACACUUGAGAGAGGCCCACACCCUGGGCCUGGGUGGCCCCACUGCAGCCACCCUCUGCCUGGCCGCUGCUGUUGGCCUUGGGCCUGGGGACCUACCCUUGGCCACAGGCCUGCAUGCCUUGCCUGGCUGGUUUCCUUCCUGUGUUCACAGGAUGUUCAUGUCCUCAGCCAGGCAAGGCCUGACCCCCAGAUGAGGUCAGGCCUUCAAAUCUUCCUGUGCCCUUCCACCUGGGUCUGGGUUUGUUUGGUGCAAGAACAGGCCCCUGGGCUCAGUGUUUCCAAUGUCCUUAUCUCCGAGUGACUGUUUCCCUUCACUGCCUCCACCCAUAAGCCCCUCCCCACAGGGUCUGGGCUGCCAGAGAGGCCAAGAGGGGCUUCCAGGCCUCACCCCACUACUGGCCCUGUUCUAGAGCCAGGGCAGGUAGCUCCCCUCCUUGGGACAGCGCCUGGCCCCAGGCCCUGCAGCCAGGAGAGAGUGGGGGCUCCUGCCACAGGGACGUCGGGGAAGAGGCAGGGCUGGGGGACACAGGCAGCACAGGGAGUAUUUUUGUAACCGCGGUUGCUGGAGUGAAUGGAAAUGGGAUGAUUCUAAGUUAUUGUUGCCAAAGAGAUGUAAAGUUUAUUGUUGCUUUGGGGGUGGGGAAGGGAUGUUGAGUUUGUGUGUGUGAUUUUUUUUUUUUUUUUAAUUAGUUUGAGGCUUUGGAAGCUGGUGCAAUGAUUUUCUUGUUCUUUUUUGUUUUUUUAAGAGAAACCAUGCUAAGAAAAAAAACAAUCUUGUGCUCAGUGUCUUCUGUGGUGUCUGCAGACAAAGCCCUGGGCAUGCCUGAGGGGACCCGCUGCCAGCUGGCUGGGGGCUAGGAGGCACACCCAGGCGACCUGCUGCACUGCCAGGGCAGGGAGACCCCUGCAGCCCACUCUUCCUGGGUGAGGAGGGUGGAUCCCAGACCUCCCUAGGGCGGUCCCCGGGCCCAGCAGUGGGUGGAAGAGGCAGGCAGACUUUGGAGCAGCGAGGCUAUGGUUC